AUAGAGAAUGUAAAGAGAAGAUCCUAAAGCCGGAACCUAAACAAAACACUGUCGAUAUUUCGACAAGUAGCCCGGAAAACGUACAAUUCCAAACCUAACUCCACCUCAAACUUUAGCCUCUUUUGGCCUAUUGUUCUCUCACUCCCCCACUCACUCAAACACUGUUUUUUCCUAGAAAAUUCACGCAUAUUUCUCAUCAAUUUAUUUCUCAAAUUUUCUUCCAUCUCAAAAACCUAAAUCUUUCCAUACAUACACACCCUCUCCAAAACCCCGCUUUUAAACCCACUAAUUUCAAUUCUUUCUUUUUUUUUUUUUUUUUUUUAAUCAUAUAUGGAAAAAUUUUCCCGGGAAGAAGAGAACCCAUCAAUUUCUCUUAAAGAAUUGUCAAUUCCUUUAAUUCUGUCUGUCAAUUUUAACAACUUCAAGCCCUGAUUAAAUCAGAUUGAUAAUUUAUCUGUUUAUAUUAGGGUUUUGUUACGCAUGAUUAAGCUCGAGUCAUUUUUUUCUUCAUGGACUCAAAGCAGGUGAUUUUCGAUAUCAGCUCCGACGAGGAGACAGCAUCGUUCGAAGAAAUGAGAGGCGGCGGCCACGAUGAUGACCUUAAUUGGUUGGCUGAAACACUCGAAGCUGUUGAUAGAGAAACGGCUGAUUCCUCAGAUGAGGUUGUGGUUGUCGGCGAGUAUACUCCGUUAAAACCAAAGCUAAAAUCGAAGUCUUUGAAACUUGUUAAAGAUGUCGUUAUCCAUGAUGAGGACGAUGGCGAUUGUGUAGUUUUGGAUUCUGACCCGGAAAAAGCGGUCAAUGUUGUUGAUUAUGAUGUGGAUAAUGAUGGAGACGAUGUUCUUGUUGUUGGGCAAAAGGGACAGAUUGCAUGUAGAGACUACCCUCACCCACGACAUCUUUGUGCUAAAUAUCCUUUCAGUUCAACCCCACACGAAAGACACUGUGAAUUGUGCCAUUGUUUCGUAUGUGAUUCACUUGCCCCUUGUGCACAUUGGGCUACAGGUGUCCCCACUUUUGAUCAUUGUCAUGCCACUGAUAAACUUGAUACGUGGAAACACCAGCGCGAGAGUUUCAGGCUAGGGAAAUAUGUUCCCUUGCCAGUUUCAGAAUAUCCUGAUGUUCAACUUCCUGUGCCAGUGCACCAACUUAACCAAGUUGCACCCCGGGAAAUUAUACAAUUGGCACCUAAUUUAGGAACACAUAAUAAGGUUUGUAGACCAAUUACAAUUCGUGCUUGCUCUUCUGCCAGGUCUGGUGUUCCCAAUAUUAUAAGCCAGACUAGAAGCCGAUGGCCAGGAUAUGUUCAGGGUAGGAAUGGAUAUAUGUCCCGCUCUGUUACCCAACAGCCAGUUGGAGUUGGCAUACAUAAUAAUCCUGUGCCAAGACUACGAGAUAGAGGCCAACAGUUCAUCUCUUCUAAUGCAAUGUUUAAAAGGCCUGGAAUCAUCAGAGGUUCUGCUGUGGCGGUGAACCAAUCUGUCUAUGGCUCCUCAAACAACAUGAAUUCUGCUCCCGCAUCACACAAUGCUAGGAAUGCUGUUCAACGGACUGCAGUAAAUUCUAAAAAUAUCAGUGGCUGGCAGGGUGUUUUACCACCCAACAUGAUUUCAGAUUCCUAUACUUGUCCAAGCCCCCCCUUGGCCAAUAUGGUGAAUGUCGGCAUAAACUCAGUGUCCCUUUUAUCUGAACCGCACUGUCAGCCUGUUCCUCAGUCAAAUGAUGGCCGAGACGUUUCUCAGUAUGGGAAUCAAAGUCAAAAUGUUGUGGAUUCUCGUUUUUUUGAUUUCGACUUUGAUUGGCUUAACAACUUGAGUCAAAGCAAUCAGCAAUUUUUAGUUGAAAAUAUUCAUCUUAACACAGGGCACAACAACGAGCCCACGACUGUCAAGCAACUUAGUUCACAAUUUACUGAAAGCACUGAACACCAUCACAAAGACCAUGAUUAUGAGAGCUGGUUCUUACCCCAGUCUGAUACGGUGGCCCCAGAAGGUUGUGUGCCUGCUGAUCUGAAUGUCUUUUCUCCUGAGCCCUCUGCUUUUGAUGCAGGUAUGCUUUGUUUUGAUUUUGAAACUUCUUGGAACGGUCUGGCACAAGUGUAGCCAUAGUUGCUAAUUGUGCUUAUUGAUAGGGUAAAGCUGGGUGAUGCUGCAGAACUUUGCAAUUGGACAAAAUAAUCACUCUUGGAAUUGAACUUUAGGGGAAAAAGGGGAGCUUGGUUAGUGUACAACCAUUUUAGAUGAAAGUGUACAAAUUAUGCAUGCUAUGAAUGAUUAUGUACAGAGGCUGCCUAUUGUGUUGUCUUAUAUUUAUGAAUCCAAUAUAUAUUCCUGUCCCGAGGACAUUGUUCGUUA